AUGGCUACUCCUGACGUUGCCAGCUCCCUAGAGGGCAUCGAAAUUGAGCAUAUUGAAACCUCGGCAUCAAAUCAAGCUAUAUUCACUGAUGUUGACAACGAUGAUUCGCCUCUCCGAACCGUCGAUUCGCUGAUACGGCGGCGAGCUGCGCAAAAUCCCUCUUCCCAUAUAGUCUCAUAUCCUUCAACGGGCAUUCAAUUUGCCGACUACACUAUGCAACAGCUCGACGUUUUUGCUUGGAGAGUAGCUAAACGCUACGAGAAGGACAUACCAGUUCGAGUAUCUUCCUCAGAGAAGCCUAGAGUGGUUGCGCUUUUGGGUCCUUCAAACUUGGAAUAUCUGAUGACUAUUCUGGCUCUCACGAAACUUGGUCACACUGCCCUCCUGCUCUCAACUAGGAUUCCACAACCAGCUAUUGAAUCCUUGUUAAGUAGUACCGGAUCUUCUGUUCUACUCUCGGAUGCUCGUCAUCAGGAUAUGGCUGAAAAGGUCCGAGAUUCGAUGGGUACAGAUAUAUUCAAUAUUGUUGGCCGAAGUGCGUUUGAGUACCCCAUCGAGGCUCACUCAGACACGCGGUUCGACUCACACUUGGACCCUGCAAUUGAAACAAACAAUAUUGCAUUUAUCAUUCAUUCUAGCGGCUCUACGGGUCUUCCCAAGGCUAUUUAUCAAACACACAAGUCAUGCCUAGCCAACUAUGCCAUAAGCAUGGACAUGAAGGCUUUCAUAACGCUUCCGUUGUUUCACAAUCAUGGAAUCUGUAACAUGUUUCGCGCCGUGUACUCUUCUAAGUCAAUACACUUAUACAACGCGGAUCUACCGCUAACACAGGGCUAUCUCGUUCGUAUCAUGAGGGAGCAUGAUUUUGAGAUUUUUUAUGGAGUGCCCUACGCUCUAAAACUCCUUUCUGAAACGGAAGAGGGUAUCCAACUUCUCCAGAAACUCAAGGUCGUCAUGUAUGGCGGCUCAGCCUGCCCUGACGAGCUAGGCAACUCUCUUGUUGAUAACAAUGUGAACUUGAUUGGUCAUUAUGGAGCAACUGAGGUGGGCCAACUGAUGACCUCCUUCCGACCUGAGGGAGACAAGGCAUGGAAUUAUGUCCGUGAGCACGAUCGCCUCUCUCCGUACUUGAAGUGGGUGCCACGAGGCACCGGGCUAUUCGAGUGCGUGGUUACUGAAGGGUGGCCUGCCAAAGUGCAGUCGAAUCAACCCGAUGGCUCUUAUGCAACCAAGGAUCUCUUCCAGCCUCACCCUACUAUUCCCCGCGCUUGGAAGUAUAUCGCACGACUGGAUGACACUCUGGUACUGGUGAAUGGCGAAAAGUUCGGCCCCGUGGCGAUGGAGGGCCAGAUUCGCUCCAAUAGAGACGUUGCUGAGGUCGUCGUCUUUGGAGCUGGCCGGCCGUGUCUUGGCGCGUUGAUCGUUCCAGCUCCGUCCCUCUCUGGAAAGUCACGGGAGGAGAUCCUCGAUGUAAUUUGGCCUGUGGUGAAGUCAGCCAACCAGUCUGUCGACUCAUUUGCUCAUAUCUCCAAGAGUAUGAUCAAACUGUUGCCGACAGACUGUGCUUACCCUCGCACGGAUAAGGGCAGCAUCAUCCGCCAGGCCUUUUAUAAGUCGUUUCAGAAAGAGAUAGAGGAAGCUUACGACGAUAAAGACGCAGAGACCGCUAAUCGUCAAAAGUUCAAUCUUGAUGAGAUGCGAACAUUUGUGCGAAAAUUGUUGAGUGAUAGCCUGCCAGCUGCCGAUCAAGUUGAGGAUACUACCGACUUCUUUCUUCUCGGUCUUGAUUCACUGCAGGCCAUUCAAAUGCGAAGCAGCAUUCUCAGAAAUGUUGAUCUCGGAGAGGGUCGUAAACUUGGUCAAAAUGUCGCGUUUGACUACCCUUCAGUUGAGAAGUUGAGUUCGUUUCUCUACAGUCUUAGUAUUGGGCAAGCCGCGGAUCUAAAGUCUUCUGUUGAGUCAGAAAUGCAAGAUCUUAUCAACAAAUACAAUAAUUUAGGGGCCGUCCAAGCUUCUACAGUGGUUCUCACAGGCGCAACCGGCUCGCUGGGAGCUCAUGUAGCGGCCAAGCUUGCUCCUAAUCCCAAGAUCCGGAAGAUUGUGUGUCUCGCUCGUGCCGCUAAUUCAUCUUCAGCUCAAAAACGAGUUGUAGAGUCAUUGAUUCAACGACGCUUGCUUCACACCUUGUCACAAGAAGAAAGGCGCAAGAUUGUGGCCUUCCCCUCAGAUCUAACUGAUAGCAAGCUUGGGUUAUCAGAAGACGUUUACACCUCUAUAUCGCGGGACUUGGUUGCUGUCAUUCACUGCGCUUGGUCAGUGAACUUCAACAUGCAGCUUUCAAGUUUCGAAAAAAGCAAUAUCGUUGGGGUUCGCCAUCUGCUUGACUUGUGCCACGCCUCCCCCACGAACCCUUCUAUGAAUUUUUGCUCGUCUAUCAGCACAUGCGUUAGAUCGACUGUAAUUCCAGUACCAGAGGCUGUCCCCGAUCUGGGGUGGGCACAAGGCAUGGGAUAUGGUCAAUCCAAAUCUGUUGCUGAGCAUAUCUGUGCCAAUGCUGUCGAGCAGGGCGUGAAAGUCAGGGUUCUGCGGGUCGGACAGCUUGUUGGUGACACACAACAUGGUGUUUGGAAUGCACAGGAGGCGGUACCUAUGAUGCUUCAAACGGCACUGACUGUUGGCUCGUUACCCAAACUCAAAGAAACCCCUUCGUGGUUGCCAGUUGACACUGCGGCUGAGUCCAUUACUGACAUAUCCCUGUCUGACGCUGGGAGCCUCUUCGCCAACGUGACACACCCAAAGACUUUUGACUUCAUCAAAGACUUGCUACCUGCGUUGGAAGAAGCCGGCCUCGAGUUUGAGCAGGUCGAGCCAAAGGAGUGGGUUCGACGCCUCCGUGCAUCAAACCUUGACCCAAAGCUGAAUCCCCCUAUCAAGCUUGCCGAUUUCUUUGCCUCCAAGUAUGACAAGGAUGAGUUUGCGUCGUCUAAACCGUUCGCUACUGAUGUUGCGCAAUCUCUAUCUCCCUCUCUGGCAAACGCACCUGUUCUUGAUCAGGGGUUUGUGAAGAAAUUCACGGACUACUUUCUCCAAAACGCAUGGACGGCUCUCCCCGAUAGUACGACCCAUGCCAAGUUUGCAGUUUUCGUAUCUGGCAUUGAUGAAGCCACAAGUGCAGCUAUAGGACAAAAGGUUUCAAAGUGGCUCUCCGUCCCCUUAGUUGAGGGCGAGUCGCUACACACACGGCCUGCCAUUCAGAAGUUGCGCCAGGGUGUUGCUCUAUCACUUGGUGACACUACCGGUUGGCUCUCUCGGCUCUCAUCCCGUAUCACCGAAGUUCUUCUGGAGCUUUCCCAUCCCUCUGUUGUGCUUACCAGCUCAACUAUGAGCCAGCCGUGGCGCUUCCAGCUGCGAGAUUCGCUUGCACGGCAAAACAUCAAGACCCUCUUCUUCGAUCUGCAGCCUCUUUUUGACUUGGACAAACAAAUAUCAAGUGUAGGCGAGCGUGAACGGCCUGCUGUUGGGGAGAUAGAUGUCCUCCCUGUAGAUUUAGAUGGUGAUGAAACCGAGGUAUUUGAGAGUGUCAAGUGGAUGCUGCAGGUCAAGGGAUUGAAUCCAAGCGAGUAA